GCCAGGCUAAUUCGUUCGUGCGAUCAACUCACCAUUUUGUAGAAUGACUUCACCAGAUCCUUCCCUAGUUUCGGAGCUUACUGUAAAGGUCGCAAAUCAGGCAGCCCGAUAUGCGGACUUUUUGAAAUCUGGAGAGAACGACCAAGCUCCAGUCGUUGCUAAACAGCUCUCUGAAACCCGACUCGAGCUUCUUGGUUCCACUCGAGACCUUCACAAUAUCGUGCAAGGACCAUUUGACUAUGUUCGGGACGAACUGGCUGGCCAUUGCAACCUGAUCUAUCUUCAUGCUGUGUACAAGUUCAAUCUGCAUAAAGUCGUGCCUCUCGAUGGAGACAUCUCCUAUCAAGAACUGGCACGCAUAUGCAAAGUCGAAGAAGACAAGCUUCGUCGGAUUAUCCGCUUCGCCAUUACAAGACGCUUCUUCCAGGAGAAACGUGAGGGCUAUGUCAGCCACACUGCGGAAUCGAAAGUUAUCAUAAGCAAACCAGAAAUGUUCGAUUACGUCGGCACAAUCUGUGAAGAGAUGUGGCCUUCUGCCAUACAGGCUGUACCCGCUAUGAUCAAGUGGCCUGGGUCCGAAGAGCGAAAGCAUUCGGGCUCUGCUCUUGCCAAUGGUAGUGAGCUUGCUAUGUUUGACAUACUCAAAGAUCACCCUGAACGGGCGGCAAGAUUCUCGCGCUUCAUGAACAUGUUCAGCUCGGCUCCGUUCUUUCGUUUCGAUUUCCUCUGUGACGCGUAUGACUGGAGCAAUGUGACUAAGAUGGUUGAUGUCGGUGGAGGACACGGUGGACAAGCUAUUGCACUCGCCCAGAAAUUUACAUCUCUACACUGCGUCGUCCAAGAUCUUGCAGUCAUUGACACCGAAAACGAAGCCUCAGAGAGAAUUCCUGUUGAACUCCGGAGCAGGGUCGAGUUUCAGGGCCACAACUUCUUUUCGGAACAGCCUAUCAAGGAUGCAGAUGUCUAUCACUUCCGCUGGAUUUUCCACGACUGGUCAGACAAGGAUUGUGUAGCGAUUCUCCGGGCUCUUAUUCCAGCUCUUAAACCCGGCGCGAAGGUCAUCAUAUCCGAAGGCGUCAUUCCACGGCCUGGAACAGUAUCUCGCUACGUAGAAGGGACCAUGAGAGUUAUGGAUCUUGUGAUGAUGGAACUAAAUAACGGCAAAGAACGAGAUAUGAUUCAAUGGAAGAAUCUGUUUGAGACUGCCGACGAACGCUUCAGUCUUGAGGCUGUCAAGAAAGUAGAGGGAUCCAGAUUGUCAUACAUCAUAUACAACUGGACUGGCUAGACGAAUGCCAUGAUACGAUUCAUGGACUAAUCGAUUCAUCGCGUGAAAGGUUGCUAGAAGAGCUUGUGUAUGGGCAUAGAGUGUUAACCAUGAGCUGCAUGAUAGCUGUUUCGAACAUUGUAGUACGAUGGCGUUGUACACGAGGAAUACAAAAAAUUUCACAAAACCC